AUGAGCGAAAGCGCACCAAAAGAACUUACAAAUAUUCAAGAAGUUUAUCAAUAUUUAGAUUCCCUUAAUAUUGAUAUAGGAGGUAUCAUAGAACCUGUAGAAAAUUCAAUCCAAGACGUAAUAGUAUCAAAAGAAAGCAUUGACCUUGAGCAAUCAGGAAACGAUACUGCCCAUUUUCGGUUUACUAGUUUUGGUGAUUUUGAAGACACAAAUAACGAAAAAUCCUACCAAAAUGAAAGCCUCGACAUGGGAAAACUCCUAGAUACCUAUGAAAACGUUAUUUACGAGCUGAAAGAAUUAGAAUAUAAAGUAAAAGAAGCCAAGAUCGCUCAUAUUGAAGAAAGCGAAGAAUGAGAAAAAUUAAAAGAAAGCACAGACCACGAAGUUGAAAAAAUCAAAGAAAGAAAUAACGAGCUGAGGGAGAUGCUUGCUAUUAAGGAGCUAGAUGUACAGAGAAUAAGAGAUGAUAUCAAGGCCGCAAGAGAAGAGUUAAAUGAAAAAAGAGAAAACAGUAAAAGGUUUACAGAAAUUUUUGAAAGAAUGAACAAUCAACUAGUAAGAUUUACUUAGUAGGCCAAAAAAGAUGUUUUGAUUCAAAAACAGCUUGGGAUGAUAAUUUCAUUAAGAAAUGAAGAAGAGAUGCACAGGCACUCUCCUUUAAAACUCUCACCUGGAUCACCAGAAAAGGCUUUGGUUUCAAGCUCAAUAGGGAAAUCUCAAGGAUCGUAUGUGACUCCAUAUAAAUUAAAGCCCGAAGAUGUAGGAAAACAAGAAAUCACAAUGCCUUUGCUUUCAAAGUCAGUUGACAAUUGGGUAGCGUCUUUUCGGUCAUAUUCUCCUUCACCUAGGGCAACUAGCCCAAUUUACAGCGAAAGUCCUAGCUUGUCCAGCCUAAAAUAUGGGUCUAAGAAGAAGCUGAACUAG